UAUUGAGGAAAGGGAAUUGAUUUUUAUUUAGAAUGUUCAGUUGGUCACCAGAAGCGACAUUUGACUUGAUCGAUGCUGCUAAGCAGGUUAAGCUGGUUGAGAAAAGCGACAGCACUGCGGUUAGAAAUGUUGUUGUGAUGAAGGAGGUGGCGAGAAUGCUAGUGGAGAAGGGAUAUCGCGAUAUGGACGUUGUUACUGUGAAGAACAAGUGGAAGCGAUUAAAGGCAAAAUAUAAUCAUAUCAGAACAAAAACGUCACAAUCUGGAGAAAGUUCUAGGUCUGCGUUGAAUUGGCCAUAUUUUAGGGCCAUGCAUGAGCUUCUUGGCUCCAGACCAAGAGUGCAGGCCUUGGCCUCCAUGAUUGGUGUUGAUACCAGCGAGCCGUCAAUCAUGCGAGACCAUAGUUUCGACGAAACCAUCGCUCAGUUUGUGGCUGAAAUAGAGGUUGACAAUCCAGAUAGCAGUCUCCUGCAAGAAGAGUCGGAGGGCGAGUUGCAACAGGACCUGCCGCAAGUUGAUGAAAGUGUCAGCCAUGCUCCACCAACUUCAAGCCAGCGAGGCAGGAGGAGACAGAGUAGUAGAGAAAAUUAUGAUUCCAGAACUGAAGCUCUGUUGAGAGUAUUUAGGGAAGAAUCUGAAAAGGAUAGGCUUGCCUUUGCAUCAGCUUUGGAGAAUUUGACAAAUAAAAUAUUGGAGAAACUGUAAUAAUUAUGAAUUAUUUAUUCAACUAUAACAAGGAAAAAUUGAACAGAAAUUAACAAAUGAACAAAAUUUAAAAAAAAUAACAAAUUAGUCACACACGUCCAUAGAGUUCAAAAAGGUAGUCGGCAAUGACCCCUUGGGCGUUAUUAUUAGCCCCUUCAUUUCGGA